AUGUUUUCGAUAACCUCUGAUGCUGGACAGCACACACUGCUGCAGAGCUUCACUCCCCCUGCUUCUCGAGCAGUCGCUGUAUCCCUGAGCGACAAAGAGGCAGUCUUGUCGGCUGAUGGAAAAUCCAAGGGCGAUGCUAUUUGGAUUUCUUCCGAUGACGAUUCUGAUACGGAAGAUGAAGGUGACGAUGAGUGUCAAGAUCUCGACCACUCGCAAUCAUGCACAACACCUACGACCAGCAUCGCAGACCAUUUGGAUAGCACGAGUACCAAACACAGUCCAAUUGAGUCGGAGGCCGCCAUCGGUGUGGACACUACGCCAACAGUAUCUCCAGCUGUAGGAGAGGACGACCCAGAUUGGACACACAACUCACAUAUGGGUCCCCUUACUGAUCCUGAACCGAAUCAACAAUCUCCUUAUCAGACGAAUCGCACGUCCGCUGGAGACUCGACGGCCUGUACAGAUGCCGGCCUUGACGUCUCGCCUACUAGCCCCGAAGGUCAGCCAUGUCUGGGUGUGUCAGACGAAGAACAGCUUAUCACCAAAGCUAUCGGAGCCACCAGCGAGCCGGGCAUGAUGAUCGAUGCUCUCUCUGACGAAGAUUCCUGUCAUGGGGCACAGAAUACUCCCACGUCCCCUUCAAGGCGCACAUACAGUCCUAUUGCUGCCGGCCCCGAGGAGAUGGCUCACACCCUACUACACGGUAGCGAAGUGAGUGCGAGCACAUCGCACGAUGAUGCCGUCUCUGGAGCCCACACUUCAUCCCCCGCAGUAAGGCUGCCACCCAAAUCACAGCAAGAGCAAGACUUCGACCACACCAGCUGCGGAUCCAGCGAUGCUGAGUCCGAGUCCUCGGAGGCUGAAUCCGGAUCGCCAUCUGGAGCCCGAAUGUCUCCCCCGUCUCAGGAGUUGCCGUCCCGGCGCCGUUCUCGUCGCAGAUCCUCACAUGCACAUAGAAUGGUGCAAGAUACGGACAGUGACGUAGAUACUGAAGGCUCUGGCAGUGAGGAUGGCCUCGAUAUUCCACAAUGCGUGCGUGACGAGGACUAUUGUCCUUCGCCUCCAAAAGUUCAGGGAUCUGGCUCGGAAGACGAUGAUAUCGACGAUGAAGAACACCAAGAUCGCAAGCGUCGCAAGGUCUCUAGGUCCCCUUCCUGUUCGAUACGCAAUGCGGCCACCAGUGCCCGGGAUUCUCGCCAAAGGAGGCGAUCUACAAGAGCUGUCGCUCACUCAUUAGGUGAGUGUGACACGCCGGCACUCGGCGUGUUGAGUCCAACACCAUCGCAUCCAAGAUCUGUUUCCUCUGAUGCCAGUGCGUUUCUUGCUCAGUUUCAGGAAUGGCAACUCAAGAAUGUUUCAAUGAAACGCAUUACCGAAAAUGGCCAGACUACGUUUCAAUUCCAGUUUGAGUGGCCCCUUUGCACAAAUCAUCCGCAGGCUGCCGGUGUGAGUCCAGAUUCGACCCGCUCGGUCGCAGCGAAAAAAACAACCAAGCGAGCUCCCGUACGAGGGGCAAAGUAUUCAGACGAUGAAGAUAACUUCCUCAUACAACUGAAGGAAGAGGAGCAGCUUGGGUGGGCGGAGAUUCGUCGGCGUUUUGCUCAACGUUUCCCCGAACGAGGCGGCUCGGGCCUACAAGUGCACUACUGUACGAAGCUGAAGGAUCGUGGGAGACCUUGA